GCAGGGGACCCCGCUCGGCGCCGCGGGCCUCCACCGAGUGAGCACCGCGCGCCGCCGCAGCCAUGACGGUGGAGUUCGAGGAGUGCAUCAAGGACUCGCCGCGCUUCAGGGCCACCAUCGAUGAGGUAGAGACGGACGUGGUUGAGACUGAGGCCAAACUGGACAAGCUGGUCAAGCUGUGCAGCAGCAUGAUCGAAGCCGGCAAGGCCUACGUGGCCACCAACAGGCUCUUCGUGAGCGGCGUCCGAGAUCUGUCCCAGCAGUGCCAGGGCGACGCAGUCAUCUCGGAGUGCCUGCAGAGGUUCGGCGACAGCCUGCAGGAGAUGGCCAACUACCACAUGAUCCUGUUCGACCAGGCCCAGAGGUCCGUGCGGCAACAGCUCCACAACUUUGUCAGAGAGGAUGUGCGGAAGUUCAAGGAGACCAAGAAGCAGUUUGAUAAAGUACGCGAGGAUGUGGAGCUGUCGCUGGUGAGGAAUGCCCAGGCCCCCAGGCACCGCCCCCACGAGGUGGAGGAGGCCACCGGAGCCCUCACCCUCACCCGCAAGUGCUUCCGCCACCUGGCGCUGGACUACGUGCUCCAGAUCAACGUCCUGCAGGCCAAGAAGAAGUUUGAGAUUCUGGAUUCUAUGCUGUCCUUUAUGCACGCCCAGCACAGCUUCUUUGGCCAGGGCUACAGCCUCCUCCAGCAGCUGGACCCCUACAUGAAGAAGCUGGCCGCCGAGCUGGACCAGCUGGUGAUCGACUCUGCUGUGGAAAAGCGCGAGAUGGAACGCAAGCACGCCGCCAUCCAGCAGCGGACGCUGCUGCAGGACUUCUCCUACGAGGAGUCCAAAGUGGAGUUUGACGUGGACGCACCCAGCGGCGUGGUCAUGGAGGGCUACCUCUUCAAGAGGGCCAGCAACGCCUUCAAGACGUGGAAUCGGCGCUGGUUCUCCAUUCAGAACAGCCAGCUGGUCUACCAGAAGAGACUCAAGGACGCGCUGACCGUGGUGGUGGACGACCUCCGCCUGUGCUCUGUGAAGCCGUGUGAGGACAUCGAGCGCAGGUUCUGCUUCGAGGUGGUGUCGCCCGCCAAGAGCUGCAUGCUACAGGCCGACUCUGAGAAGCUGCGCCAGGCCUGGGUUCAAGCCGUGCAGGCCAGCAUAGCCUCUGCCUACCGCGAGAGCCCGGACAGCUGCUACAGCGAGAGGCUGGACCGCACGGCGUCCCCAUCCACCAGCAGCAUUGACUCGGCCACGGACUCCCGGGAGCGCAGCGCCAAGGGCGAGAGUGUGCUGCAGCGCGUGCAGAGCGCGGCCGGGAACGGCCAGUGCGGCGACUGCGGCCAGCCGGACCCCCGCUGGGCCAGCAUCAACCUGGGCGUCCUGCUCUGCAUCGAGUGCUCGGGCAUCCACAGGAGCCUGGGAGUCCACUGCUCCAAGGUGCGGUCCCUGACGCUGGACUCGUGGGAACCCGAGCUGCUGAAGCUCAUGUGUGGGCUCGGAAACAGCGUCGUGAACCAGAUCUAUGAGGCCCAGUGUGAGGGCCUGGGCAGCAGGAAGCCCACGGCCAGCAGCUCCAGGCAGGACAAGGAGGCGUGGAUCAAGGACAAGUACGUGGAGAAGAAGUUCCUGCGGAAGCUGCCCACCGCCCCAGCCCGGGAGGCCCCCAGGCGCUGGCGCGCGCAGAAACAGCGGCGCCCUGCCCACUCGCCCCACGCCCCCGACCCUCGCCGCAAGGGUCGGCUGGAGCCGGUGCCGCCCUCCGUCGCCGCUCUGUCCUCAGCCGCUGCUCUGGAGCGCAGGUUCCGCCGGGACUCCCUCUUCUGUCCGGACGAGCUGGACUCUCUGUUCUCCUACUUCGACGCAGGGGCCGCUGGGGCUGGGCCGCGCAGUCUGAGCAGCGACAGUGGCCUGGGGGGCAGUUCGGACGGCAGCUCCGACGUGCUGGCCUUCGGCGCGGGCUCCACAGUUGACAGCGUCACAGAGGAGGAGGGUGCAGAGUCCGAGGAGUCCAGCGGUGAGGUGGACGGGGACGCCGAGGCCGAGGCCUGGGGCCUGACGGACGUGCGCGAGCUGCACCCGGGGCUGCUGGCGAACCGUGCGGCUCGCACCCGGGACCUCCCCGCGCUGGCCGCGGCACUGGCCCAAGGGGCAGAGGUCAACUGGGCAGAUGCAGAGGACGAAGGCAGGACGCCGCUGGUGCAGGCCGUGCUGGGGGGCUCUCUGAUCAUCUGCGAAUUCCUCCUGCAAAACGGAGCGGACGUGAACCAAAGAGACAGCCGGGGCCGGGCGCCCCUGCACCACGCCACGCUCCUGGGUCGAACGGGCCACGUCUGCCUGUUCCUGAAGCGGGGCGCGGACCAGCACGCCCUGGACCAGGAGCAGCAGGACCCGCUGAGCAUCGCGGUGCAGGCAGCCAACGCCGACAUCGUCACCCUGCUCCGUCUGGCGCGCAUGGCAGAGGAGAUGCGGGAGGCUGAGGCGCCCCCGGGCCAGCCGGGCCCCCUGGCGGGCAGCAGCCCCACGGAGCUCCAGUACCGCAGGUGCAUCCAGGAAUUCAUCGCUCUGCACUUGGGGGAGAGCUAGGGCGGCGGGGACUCCCACGGCCCCUGGCCGGCAGUGGGGGGCUCUGCCUGCCUGCUUCUCCCGUCUUGCACUGCCCCGACCCCAGGGGCGGGAGAGGGACCCUGGCCCUGAGUCUUCCGAAGCCCUGGGGUCCCCCAGCUGGUGCUGCGUCGUCUGGUGCCCCCCACCCGCCCUGGGGGCCUUCUGUCCUCAGGUGACCCCUCCUCCUGCGAACUGGGUUGCUCCUGUCACAAACCACUCACAGCGGUGUGGCCUUGCGCCCACCUGCCCUGCCUGCUGGGUCUCCUCCGGCCCCUCCAGAGGCCCCUCGUGUAGGCCUGGGCUGGUGGCUGGCCGCCAGCAAGCCAGGGGCAGGAGGCAGCCCAUCGGGGACCCAGCCCCAGGACCUCACUGAGUGACCCCAGCAUGGGCAGGACGCUGGCGUCCCGAGGGCCCAGGGCUGGCUGCCCAGGACUGGUGCCGGGCAGCCCCACACCUAUGCCUGCCUCCUCCUCACCCACUGCCCGCCCACAGCCCCCGGGUGCCACCCGCCUGGGACGACGCUCUGUUACAGGCCGGCCGGGUUUUCUACAAAGACCUCCUUCUGACUUUGUCUUGCGUCUUUUCUCUGUGGGCCCGAGGGCCCCCGGACGCUGGCCCUGCCCGCCACAGGCCGGGGGUGGACUGCGGUUCUGCCUCCGCCCUGGGCCGGGCCCUUGCUCACCGUGCGGGACCACUGAUGCCUUCACUUUCCUGUCUCCUGAAAGGAGCUCUGCUCAGCCACGGCCCUUGGUCAGGCCAAGGCCCAUCAGCUGGUCACUAUGCAAAUGCUGCCCAGAGAGACGCCAUGGGCUGCCAGGUGGGCGCUAGGCCAGGCCCCCAGCUCCUGGCCUGCUGGCUGUAGCCUUGAAGAGCAGAGUUGACACCCCCCUCCCUGCCUGAGCUCCGCCCCCUUGCACCCUGCUUGACCCUGGGCUGGCUGGCGAUCCCUCCCCCUGCCGGUCACCCACUGUCAAUAAACCUGUGCCACUUGCACCCCCGCCUGCUCACUGGACCACCUGCUCUGCUGACCGCAGCUCUGCGCGGAGGGCGUCGUGCUCUGCCCCAAGGGGCAGCCCUGAGUGGGGGCCAAGGUGCUGCCCCGACUCGGACACACGGUGGGGAGCCUGGGGCUUCUUUGGCGAAAUCUUGUUCCUGACACCCUGGCCCCCUCCCCCGCACCCCCGCUUCUCGGUGCAGGCAGUGUCCCCUGGUGGGAGCAGGGGUGGACACAGCCAGCAGGGAUGGCCUGAGGCUGGUCUUGGCCCUGCAGCCCGGGGUCCCCUGGUCCCCACAGCUUGGCUGCUUUAGCUUCUCAAGGAGGUGUUGGGGUGCACUGGGGUCACCUGGUGUGGGUGAUCACCAGGUGCAGUCACCCAGGGGCCCUGAGACCUGUCGGUUCACCCUGAGGCUGAGGCAGGCUGCACCUGGCCUGUGCACACACCUGUCCACAGGUGUGGACACGCCCAGGCCAGAGUGUCCCGCGUGGGGCAGCUCCUCCCAUACACACACCAUCGCCCUGGGGCAUGGCACCCAAAGCGGGGCCUGAUGAAUAAGCCGGUGUGUGGGCACGGCUGCUGCCCAUGGCCUAGGGGUGCUGGGCUGGUCCACACCCAGGUGGUUUCGCCGCUGCCCUCCAUCGAGGAGCCAGUGGCCACACAAGGCUGGUUCAGGUGCUGGGAGUCCAGCGUUGGGUUUGGCCUCCACUGAGACCUGACCCCUUGCCAUUCCUUUGUGGUGUGCGAUGGCCUGGAGCAGCGCUGGCCCUGGUGGGGACACCCGGCCCUGCAGAGCUGGCCAUAGCCAGGAGCAGGGCAAGGGCCAUGGCGUCCAGCAGCUGCACAACAGAGGACAGGUGAGGCAAACCAGAGGCUGCCCACGGCCGAGAGCAGCUGUGGCGCCUGUGGGCAGUGGGCAGAGCUGGGUACAGCGGAGCACCCCGUGCAGGACCAACUGUGGUGGCCUCCAGGGAGCGGGGAGCUACUGGCCCUGCCCCACUGCAGCCCAGGCCCUCCGGGUCUGCCAGCCACUGCGUACAAGGGGACCUUGUCCACGGGGGGAGUGUAGCGCCUGGUGGAAGAUGCUUGCUGGGGCCUUGCCUGGCUGCUCAGCUUGGGCGCCCAAGACCUCCAGGGUGGGAGGGUCUCUGUGGGGGCAGGGGGGCUCAGGACACCCCCUGGAGGGAGGGACACCCACCUCUGGCGCUGGCCCCGGAAGCCUGCUGGGUAAGACUGCCGGGAUCCAGUCCUGCGUGUGAAGGCUUUGCUGGGAUCACUGCCACCCCACCCGGCCCUCUAGGCACCACAAGCGGGUGUGAGGGCAGGGACCCCCAGCAGAGGUGGCCAGUGGCCACCUGGCAGUCCAGCUGACGGCCUGGAGGAGACAGACCUGUCCAUCAUGUCCUGCUGUGCUCUCUAGGGCAGGACCCCUGACCCCCGACCCCCGACCCCAGCAUCCCCUACUCAGCUGCAGAGGAGCGAUGAGUUUCCCGGUCCUGGUAGAGGCGGUAGAAGCAGUGGCUCGGGGAGCGUCUCUAGGGCCGUCACUGGGGAUGGGGGGAACGCUCACCCCAGGCCGGCUGCUGGCACUGCUACAGUACUCGGCUCCUGCCGGCAGGGGGCAGACGUGGCAGCUGCAGGAGCAGGUCUCCACCAGCAGCCGCGGGCCUUCCUGCCGCUGCCCCAGGCUGCCCCCAGGCACUGGACUCUCGAUUCACCUGCCUGGUGUAGGAGGCGUUGACAGCUUGGCCACGUCCAUGCCCCCCCCGCUGUCUGCGGCAGCUGUAGGGGCUCCUGAGGCAGCGACCCUCGGCCUGUGGGGUGGGGGUGGGACGUCAGUCCUGCCUGUCCUGCCUGCAGGCCACCAGGGGCAGGCGGUCCCAGGUCAGAGGCUGGACAGCAGCCCACCUGUCUGAUGCUGGUGCUCUGUGUCCCGCGGCUCCAGGAAGGCCGCGUGGUUUUGCCCGGUGCACGGUGACCUGGAUGCUUCUUCCAUGGACAGCAGGGGGAGCUGCACCUGCUGCUCAGCCCUGAGGACCCCGCUGAGCCUGGGGGCGGCCAAGGGUGAGGGGUGAGACCACCUGGUCCAGCUCCUGCCCCCUUACUGGCCGUGUUGGACGCUCACCAUGGGUGAUGCCGGGCACUGUGUGACCCAGAUGCCAUCAUCAAAGGUGCAGCCGCUCAGCCAUGGGAACACCAGGAGCCUGGGUGUGGGGUGGCACCUGCUACCCUGUGCCCACGACACUGAGGCACACCUAACACCGCACAGCACACGCCAAGGUCACACAGCACACUCGGCCCAGAUUCCUGUCUGUGAGGCCCCGACAUGUCCCCAGGGUGGCCCUGUGGCCUGGUCACAGGUGUGAGGGGCUCCAGCCCUGCUGCCCAGCCCCUGGGGCCGACUCAGGGCUCCUGGCACUGAGGAACUGGGAGGGAGGGACCUCCCCACACUCCCACCCCUCCACACUCCCGGACCCUCCUCUCCCUCCCCUCCCCUCCUCACACUCCCACCCCUCCCUCCCCACGCUCCCUCCCUCCCCACACUCCCAGGCCCAGCUAGUGGAGCCUUGGCUCUUAGGGGCGGUGAGGUGAGCUUGCCAGCCACCAUGAGGUCCCUGAGUGGGACAGGAAGUCACGCUGGGGCAGAGCUGGCCCUGGACUGGCCCUGGCCGGGCACGACCAGAGCUCUCACCCCCUGGUACGGCCCUGGCCCCACUAUGCAAGCGCAAGAUGGCCAAGGGCUCUCUGGAAGUUCAAGGCUCAGAGGUGUGACUAGCUGAAGCUGCUGGCCGGGAGACAGGUCAGGCGUGGUGUCCCUGGUGGGGGCGUGGUCUUUCUGAUGGGGCGUGGUCUUCCAGAGAAGAGUCUUGCAGGUCCCAGGGGCCCAGAGCCCCCACAACUGGCGCCCAAACAGGGGCCUGGAUGAAGCGCACUGAACAGGGACGUCUUCUCCCGCUUGGUGGGGGUAAGCAGGUCACGGGCAGCAGGUAAGGAAGGCACCAUCGACUCGUUUAAUUCGCCACUUUUUACGGAGUUAGAAUGUCCGAGGCCGCUGUCCAGCAGUGUUAGUUUGUGGUUCUUGAGUGUAGCCCAUGGUGUCCUGAGGACGGGACGUGGGAUGUGACAGCGUGGGAGCAGGUUAAAGCUAAGGUGACGAAGGCGUAUCGGCACGGGGAGAAGAGCCCUUCUCAGUGGUGGGUUACGUGGGCUCUGGUCCAAAUAGCCAUUCAGCAGCGAGAAGGAAGAGACGAUUGAUGUAGAAAAGGAAACCACUACAUCGAUGCGUGAGUGCGAACUCGUAGACGAAGACCUGCCUAAGGUCCGAGACCAGAAAGAAAUCAUGUUUGGACAAACGCCAGCGCCCCUGCAGUCCUGCGGCACCGAUGCCGCCAGCCCCACCUCCAGCUUCUGGGGGCUCAUGGUCUCAAAAUACUACAGGCAAGCCGCGUAGCCAACGUCUGGGCGUGCAACAUGCUUCCCACUGCUGCAAGUAGUCGCCUCUUCCUACGGGAGCUCCUGGCCGCUUUGACUUUCGCUUUUCCUGGAAACUUUAACGCUGAUGGGGAAACAGGACGCAAUGCCUGGACAGGGAUGGGUUCUGAUGUUAUUGCUAAUUUUAAAUACGCAUGCACUAUGUACAGCCCUACCUCUCAGUAUUGCGUUGAGUUCUUGCGUGCCUGGAUGGAAGGUUUGACUUACACACUCGCCAAAAUUGUAUUCUCAGACCAAAAGUUCGUCAGCGGCAAAUGUGUUUGGGGGACACAGCACGAACGGUCCUAAAGGAACAGCAGGUGUGCAGUAACCCAGUGCAUCCGACAUAUGAAAUCCUAGCGGGAACCGGGGCUACGGCUCAAUUGGCAGAUCUCGCUCACAUUCAGCGCCCUGCGAUCCACUGGAUGAAACAGGUUGCUGGAGAAGCUUGGACAAAAGUAGACAGCGGCACCGCUGGUGGCUCAUUUACUGAGACACAAGGACCGGGAGAAGAAUGUAACCAGUUUAUAGGGUGGCUACAGGGUGUGGGUGAAAGAUUAUCCCAAAUACAGAUCCAGCUGCUGUCUUGCUGCAGCACCUAGCUUAUGGAAAUGCCAGUGAGGAUUGUGAAGCCGUUAUCCGCCCUAUUAAAGAGUCAGGCAACGUGCUGGAUUAUAUGAAAGCGUGGCACAAUAUAGGCUCGAUUAAACAUAUGCCCGAAGGGCCGGUGCAGUGGCACAGCAGGUUAGCACCCUGGCCUGAAGCGCGGCAUCCCAUAUGGCACCGGUUCUAGUCCUGGCUGCUCCACUUCCGAUCCAGCUCUCUGCUAUGGCCUGGGAAAGCAGUGGAAGAUGGCCCAAGUUGUUGGGCCCCUGCACCCACAUGAGAGACCUGGAAGAAGCACUUGUCCCCUGGCUUUGGAUCGGCACAGUUGCGGCCAAUUGGGGAGUGAGCCAUCGGAUGGAAGACCUCUCUCUCUCUCUCCCCCCUCUCUGCCUCUCCUCUCUCUGUGUAACUCUUUCAAAUA